GCUGAGCUGCGGGGCACUGGUUUAUGGCCAUUGACAUUAACGGGCAAAAGUGGUGAGGGAGGAGCACCCUUCACAAAUCCAACAGUAAUCUGUGCUGCUCUAUCAUGUAGUCGACAAGGCAGCAUGGUCCAGAAACAUACAUCUCUUUUCCAUAAAAUAGUUUUACACAUUGUUUUACACAGUUUUCAUUGGGAAGGUAGAUAAAGUGUUUUUAGCAAAAAGAAAUCACUUUUGCAUGUGAAAACACAGAAUCCUACCCAUUGCUCCACGUGCUUAAUUACAUCACUUUUGUUCUGAGCUGACUUUGCCAUGGGCUUUGAACGGGGCACCUGGCUGACGCCCGGGAGACAGCCCAGUUUCAAAACAAAUGCAAUCAACUUGACUGUUCAUUUGAGAAGGCUGUUGCUCCCUCCCGCUUUCGCCUCAAAUAUAUGUAAAAAGACCAUAAAUGUCUGGUUUUGUUUUCUUGGAAAGCUGUGAGUGCUAUUAUAUGAUGCAAUAUUAGUAAUUGUUGCAUUUACAAUUGAUCUAAGUCCUAUCAACUGAUUUGAGCCAGAGUAUGGCUGUGGAUUGACUGCAUUAUUUAAAUGGAACGUUGGCAUAUUGGCAGUUAAUUAACUACAUUUAUGGAAUCAUUCCUCUAAAACUAUCUGGCUAAUUUGAGCCAGAGUAUGGCUGUGGAUUGACUGCAUUAUUUAAAUGGAACGUUGGCAUAUUGGCAGUUAAUUAGCUACAUUUAUGGAACCAUUCCUCUAAAACUAUCUGGCUAACACACAUACAGUGCAGAUAAAUUCUUCACAUUCAUUGUUUUACACAGUCUUUUUCCCCCCAUUAUUUUUACCAGGUAAAUGUACUUUAUUUUUUUAGACAAGAGUGCCUCCUACUGGCCCUCCAACACCACUUCCAGCAGCAUCUGGUCUCCCAUCCAGGGACAACCCUGCUAAACUUCAGAAGCAAGCCAGCAGUGGUAUGCUACUGGCAUCUUAUCACAGCACUGGUAAACCAAACUAUGGUUUAAUAACUCCCUAACCAACAUGGCUGAUCUUUGGACCGUCACAAGAAGGUUCAAAACAUUAUAGUAUUCAAGUUCUACGCUCGGCGUACCCCGGGCCAGGUUAAUCGAAUUCGCCCAAUGUGCCUCCUUGAAAUAUCAAAUUACGCUGUAGCAAGGAGGCAGCGCAUGCGUGGUCUUUCAGUGCGUCCGGUAGAGCCGUAAACUAGUUUGACAUUUCGCUAAGAUUAGUGAAGUGAACAACACAAGUCUACGCUUAUGUUUUUACACGAGUCCGGUCGGAGGAAUGAACGAGAUUUUAGGUGUGGGUCUUAAAAUGGGAUUGUUUUUGCACGUUGUAGCUGUCAGCCCCUCCGACGCGACAUUAGACGAGAGCCUACUGCACUGUGAGGGGCUGAACAACCAGAGCUACGUCUGCGAAUCAGGACACUGCUGCGGGCAGUCACAGUGCUGCAGUUACUACUAUGAACUCUGGUGGUUCUGGCUGGUGUGGGUCAUCAUCUUCAUCCUGAGCUGCUGCUGCGUGUGUCACCACCGGCGCACCAAGCACCGGCUGCAGCAGCAGCAGCGCCAGCACGAGAUCAACCUCAUCGCCUACCGCGAGGCGCACAACUACACCUCCCUUCCGUUCUACUUCAGGUUUCUUCCAAAUUCCCUCCUACCUGACUAUGAGGAGGUGGUGAACCGCCCUCCCACCCCUCCCCCUCCCUACAGUGUCUUCCAUACAGUCAGCCCCCUGCCCACGGACCCACAGGACGGACUGGGACACUGCCCGAGCAUCCAGACCACUCCGGUCCCCCCAGUGUCCGACACCCUUUGCUCCAGGCCGAGCCUGGAAGAGCCCCACUGCAUUGGGGCUCCCACCAUUGGCUACAACAGACACAAGGUAGACAAUAAGCCUCAGGAGCCCCAGGAUGGUGGACCAGGGCUAGGACCCCAGGAGGCCUCUACAGAGGAGCCUAGAGGCUCAGAGAAGAGUUGCAAGGAGCCCCUGUUACUCAGGGACCUAGGGGGGCCCGAGAGCGGUGCCCAGGAGGACAAGGAUAAUAGGGGGGCCCUUGGGCGGCGGCGCCGUUUCACGGGUGACUCAGGUAUCGAGGUGUGCGUAUGUGACCGUGGUGGUAGUACAAGUAUUGGAAGCCAGGAGGGCAAGGAGCUGAGGGAGAAGGAUAGCCUAAUGGGGGAGGAGGUUGAGGAGCAGGAAGAAGGAGACUUCUGCGAUGGGUGCGGUCAUCCCGCUCCGGGAGUAGAAGAGGAGCUAGCCCUGGAUGGACCCGAAAGUAGGUCGGAGUGCGGGUCGGCGACAGGUUCCACCUCCCUGCCACCACCCGCCAUGACACAACCCACCCAGCCCCCGGUGUGCCUGCUCCUCCACACCAUCAAUGAGCUUGAGGGGCCCCCUCACCAUGGCAACAGCACAGAACCCCAGGGCUGAGCUACGCUAGGCUAAAGCACAUCUUCACAGAGGAGGGAGAGAGAACCAGGAGUGUGAGUCAAGACUUUAGUGUGUGUGUGUGUGACUGUCUGAGAUUGUGUGUGUGACGAGUAGGAAGUUGUAUUUUAUCCCAGAGUCUGGACUUAAAAGCCUGAUGUUGAUAGAUAGCUAAAGCCCCUUUGGCAUACUGUAAUGGUGGCCUUAACUGCAAUGUACAAGGAGACCGGAGGAGAGGUUUAGCCUAUCACCAACCUACCUACAGACUGCAUAAAUCUCCUCCUCUUGUCUGCCUUGGCCAAGAGGAGGCGAAAGGAGAUUGUGUAAAGACUUAUGCAAGCUGGAGGAGAUUGAUAGUCUGGUCAGUGGAUGCUGACCUGACGUUUGGUGCGACUGCAGUAUAGUGUAAGUACACACUUGUGCAACUCUAGCCUGGUCCCAGAUCAGUUUGUGCUGUCUUGCCAACUCCUAUGCUCAGUGUACCAAGCUACUGGAAAUCAUUGCAGCUACUUCCUGUGUCUGUUCACAGGAAGUAACAUCCUGGACAAAUACACUGAAGCGGUACAGGAACAUUGUCAAGCAGUGCAGUGUGGAUCGUCAUGGCGACGAUGUGUGCUUAUGUAAUGUGAUAGUCCCAGUCGGUAUGAAGUAGAACGUGGUGGCCCUGCCUGCCUGUGGGGAAAACAACCCAUGGUUACUUUGGUUACCCCGUUGGCUCACAGCAAAAACUUGACCUUUUUCCAAAAGCUAUUUUCUUGUCUGCUUGUUUUAGUCAAUUACAAAACUACAUUUAAGAAAAGUACAACGUGUGUAAAGAUUACUAGUCAACUUUUCCUGCUCCUGAGCGUUCUCACUACUUAGAAAAAUGUAAUGUUGUAGGCGCUUGCUUCGUUUUCAUGACUGCACUAAUGUUAACCACGUGAGUGACUGCGUGCUAGAUACCAACCAACCAGAACAGGACUCUCCAAGCCUGUUCCUGGAGAGCUACCCUCCUGUAGUUUUUCAAUCGCAAACCCAGUUGUAACUAAUCUGAUUCAGUUUAUAAACAGCUCAUUUUUAGAAUCAGGUGUGCUAGAUUAGGGUUGGAGUGAACCUAGCUCUCCAGGAGCAGGGUUGGGGAGCCCUGAACCAGAACAUUAAGCUAGGCAACACACACGGACUAGCUAUAAAGCUACAAGAAGUGAGUGGAGUUCCAAACGGACUGUACUAAUCAAGUUAAAUGUUUUACCUGUGAUAAAAUAUCUUCCACACACGUAGCUAAAGUGUAGCCUCCUUUGACACCGGGUCCCCACAAUUUCUCACUCUUCCACACCGAAUACGCUGGCUCUAUUUCCCUAAGUGGUAGCAUCGCGAACCGUAGGUCGAAAUUUUUGACCUACAUUACAUUUGUAUAACAAAAAAUGUACUACGAAGUUGGCUCUUUUACAGUCGGGGUCAAUGGGGGAAAGAACGUUUGUUUUCCCCAGUUGGUGGGCGUUGUCGAGGACCGUUAAUUCUUAUGACAUGAAUACUGACUCGGAGUAUACUGUACAGGAAGAGCCUGACGCUAAACACUGUGUGUGAAUGUUACUGUUCCACAUAAGACCUUUCAGCCUUAUGUUGUUUUUUACUCUCCUACAACCCUGUUGUCACAGGGACCCAAGUGCAUUAACACAUUUUGUGUGACACAAUCAUUUUAUUUUGCACAUGAAUAUAUGUAACUCUAAUAAUGGAGAUAAAGAAAUUAAUCAAACAUAAAAAAAGUUGUAUCUGUGAAUCUUGUCUUUAUUUUCCUUUUUUUUUUCUUUGAAAUUGAAUGUUACUAUUUGUUUUGUAAAGGAUGGUUUUCUAAUGUGUCGUUGAGAUGAAUUCUACAUGGGUAAAAACAACAACGCUUACCACACAGUAUGGGCCUCUAUCGGAGUCUAGGACGUGAUUGGUUCUUCUUCUCAGAGAUAUUGAUUACAUGCUUGUAGUGUGCAUCUCUGAGAAACUGUCAUGUUUGCGAUCGCCCGCAAUGAUUGUGCGUUAGUGAAACCUACAGGUCCGUAGGAGAAACGAACCAAGCUAUCAUAAGUGCUUUAUAUAGGCCUAUUAUGCAUUUUGUAGAAACAAAUAGAAUAUUCUAGAAUUGUGGUACAACAAAGGUCAACUAUUCUGCAUUUUGGACGGAUGUCUUUGUCAACUUGUCUAAUGAAAUUGUAAAGCUUUUGAUCGACAUUGGAAAAUUUGUGUAUUAUAAUAUCAUACAACGCAUUAAUGAACCAAACGAGCUACAUUUAAAUCUGUCAUAGCAAAAUGUCAGUCUACAAUCAUUAGUUUUUUUUAGUUAGUGAAUGAUUCAUUUUUAUUUUCUUGUUGUGUAUAGAAUUGUUGCAGUCUUGAAACCUUCAAUCUCCUUCAAUCAAUCAAACGAGUGUGAAGGUGAAGAUACAGGGAACUCGAUGCACAGAUUAAAUGACCUAUUGAAUGAUGUGACGAUAUUCUAUUGUGAAUCAUGGACAUCAUGCCAAAGAUAUUAUGCUGUUUCCACAUGGGAUGUAAGGUGGUUGUGCACAUUUUCUGUUUUUUGUCCGAAAGGCAUUUUAUUACAGCAGUGAAAUUGACACAUGUUCAAUAAAUGUAAACCAGAAAUCCUU